UGAUUUCUCUCUUUUCGAUAAGUUUCGUUUAGGUCCUGGAAAAAUGUGCUAAAGUAUUUUUGGUUAUCCGUAAGCAAGUCCCACUCGAAUCGCUACUAAAUUCGUCGAGACCACAACCGUUGAGGUCAACAUAUAAAUUAAAGUUCUCUAUUUGUAAAGGAAAAAACCACUUCGAUGGCCAGUGCACAGUUGCAGAGUUUCGAAUCGGAUGUUUUUGAAGGGCAGUCCAGGGACUUUAAGGAUCAGCAGGCAGCCAUUCUGCAGGAUCACCAGGAGCAGGAAAAUUUCGCACAAGAAGGCAACAGUGGGGAACUAAUUGAUGAAGGGCUGUACGAAGUGGAGUACAAGCAUCCAUUGGAGCAUGUGUGGACUUUGUGGUAUUUGGAGAACGAUCGCUCCAAGCACUGGAAGGACAUGCUGAACGAGAUCACCCAGAUCGAUAGUGUGGAGACCUUCUGGAGCUUGUACUAUACCAUCAAGACGCCAUCGGAGCUGAAGAUCGGAUGCGACUACUACAUGUUCAAGAAGGGCAUUAAACCCAUGUGGGAGGACGAGGCCAACAUCAAGGGAGGCCGCUGGCUGGUCAAUGUGGGCAAAAGUGCCAAGUUGGAACUGGACCGGAUUUGGCUGGACAUCCUCCUCAUGAUGGUUGGGCAAUCCUUUGACCACUCUGAUGAAAUCUGCGGCGCUGUGAUCAACAUUCGCGCCAAGAGCAACAAGAUUUCUGUUUGGACUGCCAAUGGCAACAACGAGUCGGCCAUUCUCGAGAUUGGCCAAAAGCUGAAGAUGCUCCUGCAUUUGCAGUCUCAUAAUCUGCAGUACCAACUCCAUUCUGAUGCAAUGUGCAAAAUCAAUUCGGGCGUCAAAUCGGUUUACACUCUCUAAAUACGAGUGAAAAGGUCCUCUUCGUUAUUUUAUUUCUAUUUUUAUACAGCAGAUUCGUAGAGUGUGGAAGAUGAGAUUGGCUUAGCGUUCGCCUAAACCAAAUUGUUCGAUAAAUUAAAUUGAAGAUCUAAACAAAA